CAAGCCCUUUUCUAAAGCAAGAGUUGUCUCAGUAUAAAGCAACUACCAUACUAAUUCCAGCUAUCUUCAAGGUGCUGGGCAAAGAGCAGUUUGGACUUUGAUCAGUGAAACCAAGAGAAUACUAAUAUGUCAGGGAAGCCGGUGCUUCACUACUUCGAUGGACGGGGCAGGAUGGAGUCCAUCCGGUGGCUCUUGGCUGCAGCUGGAGUAGAGUUUGAAGAGAAGUUUAUAAAAACUGCAGAAGAAUUGGAAAAGUUAAAAAAUGAUGGGCUUUUGAUGUUCCAGCAAAUACCCAUGGUGGAGAUGGAUGGGAUGAAGCUUGUGCAGUCCAGAGCCAUUCUCAACUACAUUGCCACCAAAUACAACCUCUACGGGAAAGAUAUGAAGGAGCGAGCCCUGAUUGAUAUGUAUACAGAAGGAGUAGCAGAUUUAUAUGAAAUGAUCAUACAACUGGUAAUAGUUUCUCCAGAUGAAAAAGAUGCUAAGAUAGCCAUGAUCAAAGACAGAACAAAGAAUCGUUACUUACCUGCCUUUGAAAAAGUAUUGAAGAACCAUGGACAAGACUACCUUGUUGGUAAUAAGCUGAGCAAGGCUGACAUUUUCCUGACCGAACUUCUGUACUGUAUUGAAGAGGUUGAUGCCAGUCUUUUGGCCAACUUCCCCCUGUUGCAGGCCCUAAAAACCCGAAUCAGUAACCUGCCCAAUGUGAAGAAGUUUUUGCAGCCUGGUGGCCAGAGGAAGCCUCCCAUUACUGCAAAAGUAGUUGAAGAAGCAAGAAAGAUAUUUAAGUUUUAAUACAGGUGGCAUUGACCAAGUCCAUGCAUAUCAAACUUCUAAAUUUUACAGCAAUAAAAUUCUUUGUGUA